GAUUAAUUUUAUCAUGUGACCCAAUCACAUACAGUUUGUUUUCAACUGUGUAGCCAAACAAAUUAAAAAGAUAUGGACAACACUACACUGCAAGAUACGUCCUCGCUCCUCAGGUCCACCGCAGUCAGCCCCCUGCGCACUUCUGGUGAGACGGCGUCUCCGGUUCUCAACAUAAAGGAUGUGACCUACACGGUACAGGAAUGGGAAGGCCCCUGGUGGAAAGGAGCCUGCUUCAGGAAAAGACGAAAGAAAACGGUUCUCAACAAUAUAACCAUGUCCCUGAAGGGGGGACGAAUAACAGCACUUAUAGGGAGUUCAGGAUCAGGCAAGACAUCGUUAUUGGAUGUGAUAGCUUGUAGAGGUGAAGGUCAGCUCACUGGUCAGUUGUACUUCCGGAACAAGCCAUGUAAACCGGAAGUGAUGAAGCGACACGCGAGCUACGUAAUGCAGGCUGAUACACUGCUUCCCAACCUCACGGUCAAGGAGACUCUGACAUUCACUGCCUUCCUUAAGCUUCCUGGGACUAUGAGCAGGAAAGACGUGGAAUCAAAGGUGCAGGAAGUGAUCGAACAGAUGGGACUCCGCCAUGUUGCAGACAGCCGCAUCGGUGGUCAAGUGACCAGGGGUGUUUCAGGAGGAGAGAAGCGGCGCGUUACCAUAGCAAUACAGCUUCUUCAGGAUCCAGAAAUCCUUCUUCUUGACGAGCCAACCUCUGGUCUGGACAGCUACACAUCCCGUUACCUAGUGAUGAACUUAGCGGAACUCGCUCACAGAGAGGGCAAGAUCGUACUUCUGUCCAUGCACCAGCCUCGUUCUGAUAUCUUUAAACUUUUGGACGAGAUAGCCAUAUUAACGCAGGGUCACCUGGCAUAUUGUGGGAAGACGAGUGGAAUGGUGCCGUAUUUCACUGACGUUGGAUACCCAUGUCCCCGGUAUGCCAACCCCUUGGAUAUAUAUAUCGAUGUGUCCAGUGUAGACAGGAGAAACAGUAGACUUGAAAGUGUGUCACAGAAGAGAGUUGACAAGAUAAUAGGAGCUUACAGGGACUCCUCACUGUACAGUAGCAUUCGGUCCGGCAUCAACGAGUCCCUAGCUUCGUUACAUCCUGUGCAUAGAGACAGUGUGAGACGUGGACCUCCGUGGUUGAGAAUUGUCAAAACCCUUGUCAGCCGGAUGACACUGAACCUGUCACGUGACAAACAGGGCUUUUUGAACCGGAUAGUGUUGAUGCCAGCAUUUGUGGUGUUCAUAGCGGUGUUCCUGGGUCGCCUGAAGAACAACCAGGAGAGUAUACAGGACCGCGCUGGUCUCCUGUACCAGACAGUGUCAGUGCCUACACACGUGGCCAUCCUCAACAUUGUUCCUCUGUUUCCCAGUAUUCGCGAGGUGUUCUACAGAGAAUGCCGUGACGGCCUGUACUCCACCGCUACGUUCCUGGCUGCCUACACCAUCCACAUGUUGCCAUUCUCCAUCCUUGCCAGCGUCAUCUUCAGUAGCUUCUUGUACUGGACAGUUGGCAUGUCGGAUGAUCCUGACAAGUUCGGGAUGUACGUGGGCGUGGUGUGUCUGCUGUAUUUUGCUGGAGAGUUCCUCACAGUGGCAAACAUGGGUGUCUUCAUGGACUCGCAACUCGUCAACAACUCGACCGGUCUCAUGUUCACUGCUUCUGCUGUUCUUUCCUCGGGCUUUUUGAGGGCGGUACCCAACAUGCCUGAGGUCUUCAGGUACAUCAGUUAUGGAAUGAUUCAUAAGUACGGCAGUGAGAUCGUCGCGGCCAAUGAAUUCAGAAACCUGACCUUGACAUGUGACCAAAUUACUAAAUUUGUUCCAUGUGUGUUCACCAAGGGCAUUGAUUACCUCAACUUAACAUUCCCCGGGGUUGUCGGACACAUUGACAGGAACUUCGGCGUCUUGGCGGGUUUUUCACUCUCAUUCGUCGUCCUGACUUACAUUGCUUUCAAAGUUCGCGGAAUACCAAAUCUACAUUGAUUCCAAUCUUGAUCGUGCUCGAGCUUUGUGAGACUGUUUCACAUUUGUUCGUGUAUAUUGGUUCGGAAGGCAAGCAAACUGUUGAUAUAAAAAUAAAACAAUGUCCAUAAGGUAUUGCAAGAUGUUUUCUUUCACCUUCACGUAUUAUAGUUUGCGAAUUAUCAUAUUACAAUGUUCGCGUCAGAUGGCUCUGUUUUAGUGAUUUAGUGAAUUUGGGUAUGAAACCGGUUUCUCGGUAUUUCAUGAAAAUCAAUUUGUAUGAAAAUUGGAUGAUCCUUUCGAAAAUAUUGACUAUACGUAUAUAUCUCCUAUCGCUCUGUGGGAAUACAUCAUUUUAUUAUAAUUAUUAUUUAUUUUAAGUUCGAACUCUCGGUAAUGAUUCUAAAUGAUUUAUGAACUCUAAUAAAUGAACUCUACUUUUAAUGAUUGGCAUAGACAUACAAUAAAAAAACAUAUGACCAAUAGAAUAAAGCAAAACAAAUACUAUUGGAAAAAUUGUUUAAAGUUAAAUUUUCAGUCACCACCAACAUAUACUUUGCCAUGGAAUAAUUAUUGAAUAUUCACCCAGUAUGUUUCCUUAUUGCAGUUCGUGCAUUUUCACUUUGUAAACAUGUAAACUUUUGUUGUUGGCUAUUUUUUCAAAAUAUUUAUUUAUAUGUAAAUAUAUAGUAAAUGGUGUUUAAUAGUUUCCACGUUUAUAUUUAUUGCGCAUCAUUUGUGCCUCCUUUGUUCUUCUCUGUUGUUCUAAUGUACAAUUAAAAUGUGUAUCCUUUACGUCAAGUUUUCUGUGAUGAAAUUGUACUUACUGAUUACGUAAACAAAUCUAUUAUGUUUAAACCGGUUCAUGUUUCGCACAAAGAAUUAUGUUAAGCUCAAUGUAUACAUACUACAGCAAAAAAAUCACAUUGAACGUUGGAUGUUUGGAAUGUGUUGGUUGAUGGUGCGUCCAACGAUGAGGAGUGGUUGAUGUAUUAUGAAUAAAUAUUUAAUUUGCAUAAA